UACGGAGUUAGUGAGAAAAUGCGUAGCUGUAUUAAUGUCGGUGUUAUAAGUAUAAUAAAAGGCGAUUUUAAUUAUUCCAUCUUGCGCAACUGAUUAUCUAACAGCUCAAAAGUAUUAUUUUUUUUAAAGGACGUUUCAUUUUUCUUUCAUUCUUUCUGGUAAUGGGAUAAAAGAAAUGUCUUUAUUUCUAGCCCUAUUUAUCUUGUCUGACCCCUCCAUUUGUAACGGCCAGCAUGGGAAUGGCUGCAACGUUGUCCCUACAGAUAAAUACAUUGAAGUGGGAUCCGAUAUUGAUAUAGUGUGCCAGACAUCAUGUCUCCCUGGCAAAUUCUACUGGACACUGAACAACGGACCCAUAAAUCAGAGCCUGUCAAGCACUGUCAACUCCUCAUACGAAGUCCUGUCACUGAGGAACUUCACCCAUCAAAGCGCGACACUGGAGUGCCACAAUGCUGAUAUUCAGCAAGUCGUUGGAGGCACCACCAUCAGAACGUACUCUAAACCCAGCAAAAUAUCAUGUAUCUUGCAUAAUGAAGAUCAGUCACAGGAAUUGGCUCCAGACCGGUUCACAUGCAACUGGGAGGAUCAGGUUAAUACUUCAGCGCCAAUAAACUACAGUGUAUUGAGGUCCUCUGGGUCAGAUCCGUCCCAGAUUGAGAUCUGCAAUUCAACUAUAACACAAUGCAACACAUCUAAAGGAAUAAGUUUAUUUGAGAAUAUGACUAUUAUUGUGAGAGCUAAUGCUGCUGCUUGGAAAGCUUACUCUGAACCUCGGGAAUUUUACCCAGGUCACAUAUGGAAAAUGAUCCGUCCGAGGUUAAAUAUAACUGCCUUCUCUGAUCAUCUGUUGGUUGAGUGGAUCCGAGCAAGUUUCUCAAAAGAGUGUCACUGUCAAGUCAAAUACAGCGAGGCUGUUGAUGAAAGACAUCCUCAAGAGUGGGUGCUCGAUGAGACUCUAAAGAAAGGUCACGGGAAGCUGAUCAUUGAAAAACUGGAUUCCUGCCGUAACUACACAUUUUCAGUCCGCUGUGCUUUAGUCGAGGCCCCCUGGAGCGACUGGAGCGAGAAGAAGACAGUUCUGACCAAACUAAACAAGAGAGAUGUCAAGCUGCGCCUGUGGAGAAAGGUGGCUGAACCAGAGGAGAAUGGACUUAGAAAAGUUCAUGCCAUGUGGACAGAGAUUCCUUCAACAUGCCAAGACACAUAUACCUACACCAUCAAACAGACUCCCUACAAGGAACACAUGAUGGGAGCGAAUUAUACGGAUACUUUGUGUGGCAGCUCAACUUGUGAUGUUCAUGUGAACCAAGAUGCACACAGAAUAAAACUCAGAGUGUUCCAUAAUGAUACCCUUUUUGUGGAGGACUCUGUUUAUGUCCCAGCCAUUGGAGAGAGCCUCCCUCAAGUUACCGACAUCCGGACCUCAACGCUUGAAGGCGUUAUUCUGGUCAGCUGGAAAGCUCCUGUUGAGCCUGUCAUUGGUUACAUUAUCGACUGGACUCACAGUGGGAAUCAAUACUAUUGGAAGGAGAGCAACGACACUAAUGCAACCCUGUCUGACCUCCUGGAUAAGCAAUCAUACAAUAUUACAGUAACUCCCCUCUUCGAUGACAAGACGGGUCAUGGCACACAAGCCCUUCAGAUCUGCUCCAGAGUAGGAGAUCCAGGAAAUUUCACGAUCCAAGUUCGGGCUAAGGACAAAAGUGCCAUUGUGAGCUGGAAUGUGAAAUCCCAGGGGGCAUGCAGUGGUGCUGUUGUCACCUACAAUGUCUUCUAUAGUAAACAGAGAGGACCACAGCUCAAUGUUACUGUCGAUGGCACACAGCAGACCAUCUCUUUGAAAGAUCUGGAUCCAGACACCCAGUACAACAUCCAUGUCGAAGCCACAGCUCUGACUGGGACUACCAAAAGCCUUGAGACGCUCUUUAAAACCAACAUGUUUGAUCCGAAGCUCAUCACAGCAGCCAGUGUCAGCGGAAGCAUCGUCAUUCUUCUUGUGAUAUCCCUUGGAUUAUGCUGUGCUGUUCGAUUGAAGAAAUACAGGGAGAAGCCAGUGCCUAACCCCGGCCGCAGCUUUUUAGCGUCGUGGCCAGCACCAAGCCAUCAAGAGGGAAUGAGUCCCAUUCAGCCAUUCAGCAAUCCGUCAGAAAGCCUCUGUGACAGGGUUUACGAAGGGAAAACUCAGCAAGCGUCCACCUCUCCGCUCUCUACAGGCUGGGAUGGUAACCCAGCCAGUGAUGGGACAGAGGAAUAUGUCGACCCAACCACGUUCCCAGCGCCAGAAGACCCAGCCGAACCUGUAGAGACACAGAAUCUAUCUUCUCCUGAUGAUUCCACGGCCCUGCUUCCUCCAGAGAACAGCCCGUAUCGAAGUCAGACUUCUGCGGAAAGCUCUGCCUCGAAGUCCAUAAAUCAAUGUAAGCGUGUUCAAGUGAAACAGAUAGAAAAAAUAGCGCCAAUGACGGUUUACGUAACUUUGGACAGGUAUGAACAAGACCAGGGCAAAUGAGGGAAAUUAAGAAAACAAAACAAUAUUAGUGGUAAGUCUUGCCAAAGGCAUUUUCCUGCCUGGCAAUGUGCCAACUGUGGAGUGAAGGUAAAGAAGAAUGAUUGUACUUUUAUGUCAGACUUCACAACCCAGGUCAUAAAUGUUUUGUGUAAAUUAAAGUACAUUAUGCUACUCUCUAUACUUUAUUGAUAGCAACUUGUAAUAUUUAUAGCUAUACGUUACUCUUCUGUACAAUUUGGCAUCAUUUUAACAAUGAACUAAUGUACUAAACAUUAAGCUGCUUAACUGUAUAUAAUGUAUUGUUUCACUGCAAAUGUUAAAUAUGCAUGAGGAGGUCUUUUUGUGUAAAAUGGGUCCCAAAAGGCCUCAGAGCUGCAUUCAAGCUGUUUACAGACAUGAUCUUAUGCAUUUUUACACAUUUAAAAUAAUGUUUAUAUAUUACAAUUGUUUAAUGGGUCAAACUGUAUAAAUUACCAACAGACACUGCAACAUGUAAUACAUAUUCACAAAGUAAAGGAGUUUGAAAACUGGCAUGAUUUUAUGAUUUAUUUUUAUUGAACAUGCAAAAGCAACAAACAUUACCAGGUUCAUUGUUUUCAACAGAAUAUCAAGAUGGGCAAAAAAUAAAAUAAAGUACAUACAUUUCGUGUUACACAAGCUGUCUUGUUAUUUCACUACAAAUGGUUUUAAUGUGCUGCUUUUAAACAAUUUGAAAGAUAAAGGAUAAUAUGUCUUGUGAUAGAAUACACAUUUAUGAAUGUGCAAACAAUAAAACAUCUGAUUAGUUAUAAAGCACUACUUAGCUUUAACAGAGUAGUAAUUGGCAUAGCAACAGUAGUCUACAUGGUAAUAAGGAAGGCGGAUAUUUGUGUCAAUAUGUUGAUUGAUAAAUGUAGGCCUAAUGACAACAACUUGCCAAACCUUGUAAGAUUGGGGAUUAGUUGAAAAAUAAAUAAAUCUUCCGAGUACAGUUCACAAAAACAUACAGUACCAGUCAAAAGUCUGGACACGCCUUCUCAUUCAACUACUUUGAAGAAUCUAAAAUAUAAAACAUAUUCUGGUUUAUUGAGCAUUUGUUUGUUUACCACAUAAUUCCAUAUGUGUUCCUUCAUAGUUUGGAUGUCUUCAAUAUUAAUCUACAAUGUAGAAAAAACCCCAUAUAUAUAGCAAAUGAGAGUGUGGCUCGGUUUGGCAAUUUGAGAUACAAGUAGACAUGUUGUUGCACAUGGCUUCACU